AUGAAUAUCUCUUCUGGAAGGGGAAGCUCAAGUAGUUCAUGUGGGUCCAGAAGUGGAAGAAGGAGAGGUGCUCCAUUGUGUAAAUGUGGGAGGAACAGUGUUGUUUACACCUCCAAGACACUUAGAAACCCUAAUAGAUCAUUUUUUGGGUGCCCUAACUUCAAGGAAAAGAAGCCACACUGUAACUUUUUUACAUGGGUAGAUGAUGCUACAUCUGAUACCAUGGAGUUGGAAGAUUGGACAAUUAACAAGCUGGAGUUGAAUGUUGCUGAAAUGGAGUUCAAGUUGAACUUUUUGGACAUGAAGCUCAAUGAUGAACUGCAGCUAGAGGUGAAUGACCACAAAAAGAAGAUUCAUGAGCACUGUAUAAAGAUUGAAGACAUAUCAUUGAAGAUAGGUAGUGACACCCGCAACACUUUUGUUGAUCAUCUUUAUGCUCAUCUCACCCGAAAAGGUAUUUUUGCCUUUAAAGAUGACGAAAAGCUCCAGAAAGGAGAAUUCAUUUCACCACAGCUUGUACAAGCAAUUAAAAACUCACGGGUUUCUAUUGUUGUCUUCUCAAAAGAUUAUGCUGCCUCAUCAUGGUGUUUGGAUGAAAUGACUACUAUAGCUGAAUGCCGUGAAGAAUUGAAACAAACUGUUUUCCCAGUUUUCUAUGAUGUGGAUCCAUCUCAUGUACGGAAAAUGAAUGGGGUGUAUGAGAAUGCCUUUAUUUUACAAACAGAGAAAUUCAAACAACAUCCAGGCAAGGUUGAUGGAUGGAAGAGAGCUAUGACGGAUUUGGCCAAAUCAGCUGGUUGGGAUGUCAGGAAUAAGCCGGAGUUUGGAGAGAUUGAAAAUAUUGUUCAGGCAAUGAUAAAAAUAUUGGGUCAUAGAUUCUCAGGGUUUGCUGAUGACCUUAUUGGAAUACAACCUCAUGUAGCACAAUUAGAAAGCAUUUUAAAAUUAAACUCAAAGGAUGAUGCUUUUCGAGUUUUAGGAAUUUGGGGAAUGGGUGGAAUAGGAAAGACAACUCUUGCUACUGUUUUAUAUGACAGAAUCUCUUAUCAAUUUGAUGCUUGUUGUUUUAUUCACGACAUAAGCAAAAUUUAUAGAGAUGGAGGUGCUAUUGCUGUGCAGAAACAAAUUCUUCGUCAAUCUCUAGAAGAAAAAAAUCUAGAGACAUACAGUCCUUUUGAAAUAUCUGGGAUUGUAAGAUAUAGGCUACACAACAUAAAGAUCCUUGCUGUUCUUGACAAUGUUGAUCAAUCAGAACAAUUGCAAGAAUUAGCUAUAAGUCCUAAAUUUCUUUGCUCAGGAAGUAGAAUAAUCAUAACCACUAGAGAUGAGCAUAUUCUUAAAGUGUAUGGAGCUGAUAGAAUUUAUGAGGCUCACUUGAUGAAUGAUGAUGACGCUCACAAACUUUUAUGCAGAAAAGCCUUCAAAAGUUAUGAUUCAAGCAGCAAUUUUGUGGAGUUGAUCCCUAAGAUACUACAAUAUGCUCAAAGUCUUCCAUUAGCAAUUAGAGUUAUGGGUUCCUUCUUAUGUACCCGAAAUGCCACCCAAUGGAGAGCUACCUUGGAUAGACUGCGGAAUAAUCCAGACCAAAAAAUUGUGCAAGUGCUGAAGAUAAGUUUUGAAGGGUUAGAGAAAAAUGAGAAAGAAAUAUUUUUGCACAUUGCUUGUUUCUUUAAAGGAGAGAGGGAGGAUUAUGUAAGGCGAGUUCUAGAUUGUUGUGGAUUAAACCCUGAUAUUGGAAUUCCACUUAUCACUGAAAAAUCCCUCAUAACCAUUAGAAACCAGGAAAUUCAUAUGCAUGAAUUGUUGCAAGAAUUGGGGAAGCUAAUUGUUCAGCAACAAUUUCCCGAGAAACCAGGAUCAUGGAGUAGAUUGUGGCUUCUUCAGGAUUUCCAUCAUGUCUUGAUGACAGAAACGGGAACGGACAUGGUUGAAGCCAUAAUUCUAGAUCAAAAAGAGGAUGUCUCCAAAUGUCCUCAGUUAAGGGCUGAAGGAUUAUCAAUGAUGACAAGUCUUAGACUGCUCAUAUUGUAUCAUAAGAGUUUUUCAGGAAAGCUAAACUUUCUUUCUAACAAUCUACGGUAUCUUUUGUGGCACAGUUAUCCUUUUGCUUCUUUGCCAGCAAAAUUAGAGCCGUAUUAUCUUGUUGAAUUGAAUAUGCCUAAUAGCAGCAUACAACGGUUAUGGGAAGGCUCCAAGGAUCUUCCGAAUUUGAAAAGGAUGGAUUUGAGCAACUCCAAAUAUCUUAUGGAAACUCCAAUGUUUAAAGGGAUUCCAGAACUUGAGAGACUAGAUCUUGCAGGAUGCAUAAACUUAUGGCAUGUCCAUCCAUCCAUUGGACUUCUUACAAAACUUGUUUUCAUGAGUUUGCGAAACUGUAGCAAUCUGGUCUGUCUCGAUUUCGGCACUUCAUCUAAUUUAAUUUCUCCAAGGGUUCUACACCUCUCUGGUUGUACAAAACUUGAAAGCACGCCAGAUUUUGCACAGGUUUCAAAUCUUGAGUACCUUGAUAUUGAUCAAUGUACAAGUUUAUACAAGAUUCAUAAAUCUAUUGGGGCUCUUGCAAAGCUUAGAUUCUUGAGUUUGAGAGACUGCACAAGUCUUGUCAGUAUACCCGAUACCAUUAACAUGAUGACGUCUCUUAUAACUCUAGAUUUAUCCGGUUGCUUGAAACUUAUGAAACUGCCCUUGGGACGAACUUUCAAUUUUUCUUCUUCCACUCUGGAAUCUUUGAUUCAUCUGGACUUGGGCUUUUGCAAUCUACGGGAAAUACCUGAUGCUAUUGGAGAGUUAAGGUGUUUGGAAAGACUGAAUCUAGAAGGAAACAAUUUUGUUUCAGAACCCCGUCACUUUCGUUGUGGCUUUGACAUUGUUGUUCCUUGGGAUGGGAAAAUCAAUGAAAUGUUAAUUCCAGAUUGGUUCAAUCAUCGAUUUAAUGGGGGUAAAAUAAUAAGGAUAGUAAACUCUGAUGUGGAUCGCAACUGGAUUGGUUUUGCCUUUUAUGUAGCUUUUGAGAUUGAUUUUUUGUGGAAUUCUGUUCUCGUAUUUUUAUUCUUUAACAUGCUAACAAGCUAA